AUGGCAUCAGGUGAAAAGUGGGUAAAGUUUAUAGGAUUUUUAGGUGCAGCUGCAAAUUGGACCAUUCCAAUUGCUUCGAUGAUGAAUUUAAAGAAUCCACCAGAAUCAAUUGAUCCAAUUAUGACAGGAACAUUGGCAAGUUACAGUUUAGUAUUUAUGAGAUGGUCGAUCGCAAUCAAACCACCCAACUACUGGUUACUUGGUUGUCACGCAGCCAAUGAAGUCGCUCAAUUAACUCAAUUAACAAGAUGGGGAUUUUAUUUUAUAUUAACUGUUUAUUAUUUAACCAGACAUAGUGUUACAGGUAUUUACUUUUUAGACAUAAAACGUUGUUAUAUCUUUUAUAUGUGGUUGUCUUUGUUGGCCCUGAUAGUGCUGAGUCAGAGCCAAUCGGUCUACGCCAUCAAGAAUAUAGAUAAUUCACCUUCCAUUAUUGUACCGUCACUCUCUCGUAUCAGAGUAAUCAAUACAGUUUUGGAUUUACAAGAUAAUAGCAAUCAAUUGGCAGUCGAACAUCUUCAACAACAUAAUCAACAUCAAAGCCGUCAUCAACGUCAUCACAAUCACAAUAAACAACAGAAACAACAACAACAUUUCCACGGUUAUGAAUUCGAUAUCAUUUUCAACUCUAGUGAGAGUAUGCGUGUAAAAGGACUUAGUUAUCUCUCAAUGACAGACUAUAUAACAGUUCCAAUCGGUUUGCUUUCAAUUUCUAUAGUCGACCAGAACAAUCCGGUAGUCAUUGACAAUGGUCGCGAUAGUUUUACACUUGAGAAUGACACUGACUAUACACUCAUUAUUACUGGAAUCCGUCACAACUCUACAUCACUCACAUUCCUCUCUGAUAAAGACAACAACUUUGGAAUGGAUCCACUGCAACAGCAACAACAACAACAAACACUUCAAAGACGUACUUCUCUUCGUUUCUUGCACUGUGCCCCACAGGCUGGAACCGUAGAUUUCAGUAUUGUUGGCGGUGCCACCCUCUUUUCAAACAUUGGAUAUCUUGGCGGCUCAAGCGGUGGCGGUGGUUCGCACCAGAGACAACUGUCGAGUAGCACCAACUACAUCUCGAUACCGUCGAAUCCAUAUAUUUUCUUUGUUCACCAACCUGAAAAUACUAGCAACAUAUAUAUACCGGGUGGCGACAACUCACUGAUGCCACACCAAUCCAGCAUCGUUAGUAUUCUUAUGGUAGGAGUGCCAGGCAACGAGAAGCUGCCUCUGCAACUCAUCCCAAUACUCUAUCCUUUCGGUCAAAGCGAUCACUCCAUCUAUCAAAAGCAACUGCCAUACUCACAGAUCAACACACAACUUCCACCCUAUCCAGCCAGUCCUAACACCAGUGCUAGUUCAUCUACACUAUUUAAAUUUUCAAUAGCAAUUCUUAUGUUUUUACUUUUAGCUGGAAUAAGUGUAAUAUAA